AUGAAGAGGCUCAAGCUCAGAUCAAUUUUUGUUUGGUAUUGUGUUGGAUUCGUGGCUGUUUCGGUUGUCGUGGUCUACAAUUCAUAUGAUGGAGGGAGCAAAGCAAAUGGGAAAUUUGACGUGGCAGUUGAUGACGAGACCGAUGAAGCUACACAGAUUAGGUAUGGCUUGGAAUUGUAAAAUACGAAGUCAUAUCUGACACACAAAUUUUCUUUACAAGGAAAAUUAUUAUUUUUGGGGCACCUACCUUCAGAAACGACAUUUCUCAAAAAAUCCAUAAAAUCCUGCUGACAGGCUAACAAGGGAAGUCGUUCAGAUCGCAAAUGAACUAUGAAAUGAGACCUGUGUGGUUUUAUAGUCACAUACUCUACUAUAUCGAAUAUAAAGGCAUUUUUGCGUCUGGGCCCCCGCGGCCGAGAAAAUCGACUAUAAAGUUUCGCAAGAAGAGAGCGCCGAAAAAGUCCUCUCUCCGAAAGCAAACCCAAACAGCUGCCCAGUUGGCCGAGUGGAAAGAGCGCUCGUCUAACGAAUCUUCUUUUGGGUCGGGGGGCUGGGUUCGAUUCCUUUCACCUGCAAUGUAAAGCGUAAGACUACUGUGUACACUACAGUAUGCGUAAAAAAAAUUUUUUUUUGUGUUUUUCCAAUUUUAUGAAGAUUUGUGCAUUUUCUUGAGACAAAAACAAACAAAUUUAGUCGACUUUUCUCCAGACUGUUAAAUUUCAAAGGAGGUUAUCUUGACAAUAGGCCUCCUUCCUUCAAGACUCCAGUGGAGUAUUGUUUCCCCCAUGAUGUCCACACAGCUUGUUCUGCUUCUAGUUGUGACAUCUUGUCUUUUGUUUUGUGCUCGUACUGUAAUCAAAAACUUUGUUUUCAUCAUUUUGUUGAAUGUGUUCACGACUGUUGUUAAAUGAUAGUUAAAAAGUUAAAUAAAAAAAUUAGGAAUUUUGUUUGUUUUUGUCUCAAGAAAAGGCACAAAUCUACAUAAAAUUGGAAAAACACAAAAAAAAUUUUUUUUACGCAUACUGUAGUGUACACAGUAGUCUUACCCUUUACAUUGCAGGUGAAAGGAAUCGAACCCAGCCCCCCGACCCAAAAGAAGAUUCGUUAGACGAGCGCUCUUUCCACUCGGCCAACUGGGCAGCUGUUUGGGUUUGCUUUCGGAGAGAGGACUUUUUCGGCGCUCUCUUCUUGCGAAACUUUAUAGUCGAUUUUCUCGGCCGCGGGGGCCCAGACGCAAAAAUGCCUUUAUAUUCGAUAUAGUAGAGUAUGUGACUAUAAAACCACACAGGUCUCAUUUCAUAGUUCAUUUGCGAUCUGAACGACUUCCCUUGUAAGUACUCCAAAUGCGACGCUCAGAUUUUCUUUAAAUUUUGCACACACGUCGCACGGCAACCCAGGGAGUCUCCCGCCUCGUUUCGGCGCUUCGCCCACCUAGUAUACGGUUGAAUUCAAACGAAAUGUCAAAAAUGAAUUUUUCGUGUGGUUUUCCGACCGAAAAAUAUUUUUUUCGGAAUUAUUUUAUUUCUUUUGUGAAUUUUGACACUUCGUUUGGACGAAAUUCAAAAGUGGGCGGGAGACAUUUUUGUUCUAUUUUGGGUUGCCGUGCGUCGGGUAUCGACUAAAUAUCAAUUCCUAAAAGUUUUAGCUCGCGCUUUGCGGGCGCCGCCGAGAUAUCGAACGAUUUUUGUCACCGAGAGAGCACGCUAAACGUGGGGAGCGGUCAGAGAGACCGCUCUCCGCUUUUUGGCCAUAACUUUCCGCUUUUGGCCAUAACUUUGGCAGUUUCGUGCGGAAAAAUUUGAUUUUUUGUAGAAACAUUAUCCUUUACAUUUGACUUUCGUGCCGAAAUUCGGCAAAAAGUCCUAAAUUUUCGCCGACUUUCAAUCUAAAAAUCCCGGUUGUUUCUGCAAAGCGCGAGCUAGGAUUCUCGCAUAUAUCUUAGAAAAAAUUAUUCUAAAUUUGUGCCAACUUUCAUCAAAAUCUGAGCGUCGCACCCUGUAAUAAGAACAUAUCAAAAUCAGCCGCCUCAUUUUGAAUUUUUGGGGAGAAAAAUCAAUCCCAAGAAGUAAUGUUUACAAAUCUUAUUUUUGUUUAAAAUGAUGUUCCUUGAGCUUACAUUCGGCCGCAAUUUUUCAAGCCGAAAAUAAACCUAAACGUAUUUUACAAACAAAAAUAAAUUUUUCAGAAAGAUUCUGUUGGAUUCCCAUUGCAUAAACCGACUGGAACAAAACCAAUUAUGCAAAUACCCGGUGAGGAUCGGGGUGUUUCGCAAUCAGAGUAUAUUUUUGAGGAUCAAUCGGAAACGCUUCUCCGUAACGCAUUUUAUUGAGCAAAAUGCGAAACAAGACUUCACGUGGUUCAAACCAACAAAGAAAGGGGGAAAAAGAAGGAUUGUUGUGAAGUAAGUUGAAAGAUAAUCUUAAAUAAAUUGGUCUUUAGUGCAACGAAUAUCAACAGCAAAAAACUGCCUAUAACAAAUAAAAAACCGAUAAAGUUUCGGCCAAAAUGCGUAGAAGAAUAUCUUUUCAUAAUCCAUAAUUUUGCCUCACUAGUGCAGAGCUUCCCAUGUACAGUGGCGGACCUGAUCCAGUGGCAAAAAACGUACCAUUUUGCAUCAAGGAAGUAUAAAAAAUUUAGCAAAAUAGCCCUUUCUCCAUGUGAAAGAACUCCGAUUUCAAAAGCGCGCCCGCUCUUUGUGAGGGACGCCCUUCAAUACGGAGUUUCUUUAGUUUGAGAGGGAGACAUUUUGCUACACUUUUUGAUACAUUCCGGAUGCAAAAUGGUACGUUUUUUGCCACUGGAGCAUGGUCCGUCACUGAACCAAUCUGUCGGGAAAAUAAAGUGGAUUUUUCGCAACAAAAUUUCUUGACUCUUCGCAGUCAAACAAAGAGGCAACCAAGACUUCCAGCCGAGGCUACAAAUGUAAAAAAGUGAUGACGGAAAAUUUCAAGGUACGAUGAAACCACAUUAUUUUACCGACAGACUGAAAUAAAAAAAUAUUACUGCUCAUGACAGAGCGUUCAGAAACUUAGCAAAGUUAAUUUUUCUCUGAUUUUUUGUGCCAGCGAUGUCUCGUUUUUUGCACAUUCCGCGAGGCCGCUUCAGUUUGGUCAUCGGCAAAAAAAUUUCAGAAAAUUUUGGCCGAAUAUCUUUGCAAACGACAGAAAUUUUUUUCAAAAUUAAAUACACACUUAUGAUGUGCCAAUUUCAAGUUAAAAUUUUUAUGAUACCUUUAUAUUUCAGCACUCCAUUUAUCCUUCAAAACAUCUCCUUCGAAGACGGUUCCCAAAAGCUGCUAUUUGUUCCACAAGACAAGGCUAGCUUCUUGAGGAAAUGGCUGAAAUCUGAAUACAUUGCAUGUUCGGGGAAAGGUGUGAGGAAUCGAACCGUGGACAACAUCAAAAGAGUCAUUCCAUUGAGCGCUGUGAGAAAUGUGAUGGCUGAAUUUCGGGAUUUCGCCGAUGCCAACAACAAUACUGCUUACUUAUUUGGUGGAAGUUUACUGGGUAAGCGUUAAUUUUAUGUAAGUAUGUAUGAUCUGGUGAAGAAACGAGUAUCGAGGAACCGUAUUUUACAAAAAAAAAUAUAUUGAAAGAAAAACUUGACUCAAGAUCAAAAAAAAUGUGAAACACAUGACUCAAAAGUAAAAAACACCUCUUGAGUCUUUUUUGCACGGCUCUUUUUGUGUUCUUCAUCAAUGAAAAUAUCGUAUUUUACAAAAAAUAGAUUAUUUUUAGAAUGAAAGAAACACUUGACACAAAUUUAAAAACUUGUAAAACACAUGACUCAUAAAUAAAAAACAUCUUUAAAAACUUUCCUACACGGCUCUGUUUGGCAGAAGCGCGUUCUUCACCGAUGAAAAUAUCGUAUUUUACAAAAAAAUAUACUGAAAGAAAACUUGACUCAAGAUCUAAAACAUGUAAAACAUAUGACUCAUAAGUAGAGCACAUCUCUUAAAACUUUUCAACACGGCUCUUUUUGUGUUCUUCAUCGAUGAAAAUAUCGUAUUUUACAAAAAAAAAAUAAUUUUUACAAUGAAAGGAACACUUGACACAAAUUUUAAAACUUGUAAAACACAUGACUCAAAACUUAAAUUUUUUUGUGACGGCUCUUUUUAGUGGCUUUUCGCAACCGACAUGACUCUUUUAGUAUGUCAAAAAAUUUGUAUUGCCCAUUUUUAGACUCCAAAAAAUCUAAAUACCAUAAAAACGGCUGACAAUUUAACCCACUUUUACUUUGAUAACAAGCCAUAUUUGUUGCAGUUUGAUUGCAAUGCACAAAAUUUAAAAAUAUUAUUUAAAUUAUUCCAGGCUGGUACCGUGAAUGCUCGAUAAUUCCACAUACUACGGACAUCGAUUACGGUAUGAAUCACAUCGAGCAUUCUGACGAAUUCGAAGCGCUAAUGGAGAAGCGUUAUGUUGUUUAUUGGAUGCAAGGGGCUGGCAACGAAACUGGCCUCAUAACUUAUCAUAAAGACGAGGUCAAGACUGAUUUAUUUUUUGUUUUUCCGCAUAACGACACUCAUUCUUACACGAAUGGGUUCUUGGUGCCGGAGGAGCGAGAGAUCCGAUGGUUGAUCCCCAAAGUGACAAGGAUUUGCUCAACAAAUUUACUGGACAAUUUGAUGUAUGUGCCUUGUAAUGCGGCGAAGAUCAUUCUGGUGAGCUGAAGAUUUUUACUUUUUCGGCGGCUUAUAUAAAAGUGGGAUUGCGUAUGACACAAGGUACUUACUAUAAGUGAGCUGAAUCAAGUUUCUUGUAAUUUUGAGGGUUUUUCCUAAAUAUGGCACUUGGAAGCAGCGGGAAAUUUACCUUGGUAAAGAAGCUGGAAUAUUGAAAAAGUUUUUUACCAAAGAGAGAGAAAGCAAGAUGAGGAGAGCCGACAGAGAAGAAACGUGUUUCAGCUAUACAUCUUUGAGAAUUCCGCAAGGAAAAAAUCAUUUUUUCAAACAAAUUUAUCUUUACCACAAAAUAACACGAGUUCUGAUUUUCCACGCAUAUAUGAUUUUGCCUGUAUUCAAGCUAAAAAUCUCGGUUUCAUCUUCAAAUCGACCGCUAAAAACUCUUCAAGGCAUUCAAGAAGCUUUUGUCUAACAGGGGAAGUACUCCAAGUGCGACGCUCAGAUUUUGACGAAACUUGGCACAAAUUUAGAAUAAUUUUUUCUAAGAUAUAUGCGAGAAUCCUAGCUCGCGCUUUCCAGAAACAACCGAGAUUUUUAGAUCGAAAGUCGGCCAAAAUUUAGGACUUUUUGCCGAAUUUCGGCACGAAAAGUUUCAUGUCUAUUUCUACCGUAGAGGAUAAUGUUUCUACAAAAAAAGAAAUUUUUCCGCACGAAACUGCCAAAGUUAUGGCCAAAAAGCGCUUUUCUCUCUGACCGCUCUCCACGUUUAGCGUGCUCUCUCGGCGGCAUAAAUCGUUCGAUAUCUCGGCGGCGCCCGCAAAGCGCGAGCUAAAACUUUCAGGAAUUGAUAUUUAGCUUAUGCCCGACGUGUGUGCAAAAUUUAAAGAAAAUCUGAGCGUCGCACUUGGGGUACUUCCCCUGUCAGAAAAAGUUUAAAUUUGGGCCAAGUCUCAUCAAAAUCUCAGCUUCAAACUUUGAGCACUUUCCCUGUCAUAGUUUCUUCCUCAUAAAAAUCAUAAUAUUUCCAGUCCGACUACGGCCCGAAUUGGAUGAUAGACGCUCCAUCCAAGAACUACCAUUUCCAGUCAUCUGGCAAUAAUAUUAUCGAGGGGAGGCGAUUCAACGAGACCGAAUGGGAAAGAGUUUAUCGAUGGAAGCAAGGAUUUUGGUUCUAG